AUGGCGGCGGUCGGCGGGGAGCCGGGCGACUUCUGCCGCCAUCACAGCCAGCUGCCCGUCUGUGCCACCAGAGCCAAAUAUCGCGAGGGCCGAAGGCCUCGCGCCGUCAAGGUGUACACAAUCAACCUGGAGUCCCGCUACUUGCUCGUCCAGGGCGUCCCUGCCUUGGGCGUCAUGAAGGAGUUGGUUGAGCAGUUCGCGCUUUACGGGGCCAUAGAGCAGUACAACGCCCUCGAUCAGUAUCCGGCGGAAGAAUUCACUGACGUUUACCUCAUCAAGUUUCAGAAGUUGCAGAGUGCUAGGGUAGCCAAGAGAAAGCUGGAUGAACGGAGUUUCUUUGGCGGCUUGCUUCACGUGUGCUACGCUCCCGAAUUUGAGACCGUCCAAGAGACCCGAGAGAAACUGCAAGACAGGCAGCGAUACAUCGCCAGGGCAACAGGAAACCGAGCCAACAGCCUGUUCGGGGCAAAGAAGAAACCGGAGGGCGAGCCCCCAGCCCCAAGAAGCCUCCUCCUCGGUCACCGCCUGGGGCUCUGUCCGGCUGCCCCUGGCUCCCCGGGUGGACCCCACCCCGAGCGGUUCCCUCUUCCCCUCCAGCCUCCUCCCCAUCACCACCCUCCACCCUUCCUAGCUGGGGAGAGCUGGCAGAGGCGCUGCCCUGAGCCCAGGCAGAGGGGACCCCCGGGAAAAGCCCCCGACUCCUGGGGACAGCGGCAGCAGGCCGAUCCUCCCGACAAUGGGAUCGGCAGGUUCUUGCCCCGGACCACCCAGCUGCAGGAGCGGCGGAGACGGAGAGAGGAAGACCGGGAUGGUGACCCCACUGCCGAGCCCACGGACCCGGGCAGGAGUGAGCGGCUCAUCGGGCCUCUGCUCCCCACCCUCCCCGCCCUGGAUCUGGGCGAUGCCUCGCUCAACACCUCGGCCGGCCUCAUCCAAAAGAAACUCAGGGAGGUGGCCGCCCUCCCUCGGCCGCAGCCUUCUGAGAGCCGGGGAGACGAGGUCCCAGACUGCCCCCGCAAACAGAGGAGAAGGAUCUAAGCCCGAACGCCCACCUCCUGCCACCUUCACCAGGCCAAACGGAUGGACAGAUGGAUGGAUCCCCAGGACCGGUGUCGUUCCCUUGCCCCAGAGAGAGCGGGGUGGUAGCGCCUCGAAUGUGCACUCUGACUUUGCACAGAUGCACUUCGUGCCGCACUCUCCACUCCCACCGCCCAGUUUGGGUCAUGAGAAACUCAAGACUGCGGGAGGAAUGGGGAGGAGAAGGGCUUGCCUUCUUUCCCUUUGUUGGGUAGAGUUCUCUCCUGGGCUGUGGGCAGGGUGGGAGGGUGUGAACCCGCUGGAGGAGCCGGUAAAAAUCUGCCCUGGCACACGG